AUGGUGCUUCACGUAUUUGAGGAUGCCUUUAAGGUGUCUUUAUCAGAAGACGGUUGUGACGAAUGUGGUGCAUCGCUCAUCGACGUCACUUUCCAUCGGAACAAGUCUCCCCUCCCAGGUGACAAAACAGAACACACCGGUUGUGCAUUCUGUGACCCUGUUCUUGUGCCGAUGGUGAAGUUUGAUAUGGCAAAAGGACGGCAUCCAAUGUUUCGUCGCGGCCGAGGGGGCAAACGAGGGCGUGGACGGG